CCCAUCUGCUUGAGGAGAUUCUGUUGUAAUGUAUCCAGUGGCUGUUCCUGUACCAGGGGGUGAAGGAAAUAAUGGACAACAUGGGAAACUUAUUUUUUUCCUUUUUGUUUGUGGAGCUGUGUUGCUAUGUGCUGGAUUCCUGCUUUCAGUCUUUAUUCUACAGUCAUGCCCAUCUGGAACAUUCAGUGACUGUAACGAGGUCCUUAAGGCUGCUGGGCCUGUGUUGGCUGUAAGUGGACUGGUUUGUAUUUUACUGGCACGAUCAAGGGCCAGGGUGUAUAUAAGACAAAGACAGUUGCAGAAUGAACAGGUGUACAGCCUUGUUUUCUGUCGUGGGAACUGUCAGUUUGCCCAGUUUCUCAUAUUUGGAUUCCUGUUUUUAACUAGUGGAAUGCUAAUUAGCAUCUUGGGCAUUUGGGUUCCUGGCUGCAGCCCCAGCUGGCACACCAUACAGCUCAACCACACCGGCAGUUCUGAUGUGGACCUCCAGGGCUGUGGAUUCCUGUCACUUCAAAUCAUGGGACCUUUGAUUGUGCUCACUGGGUUGUGUUUCUUCGUGAUAGCUCAUGUUAAAAAGAAACAAAACUUAAAUCUCAGCCAAGAAUCUUGCGAAAGUGAAGAACAACCUCAGAGGCCUGAACCUUUUCAGGUUACAGUAGGUGAUGCUGUAAUGAUAUUCCCACCUCCACCACCUCCUUAUUUUGCUGAUCCUGUAUCACCAACUGUAACACAUUGUCUUAUGUCAAGUGGUUUGCCCACAAGUGAAAACCCUCCACCAUACCACUCUAUCUUCAGUGAUGGAGCACAGCUUGCAGAUGAUGAAAGAACAGUUGCUGUUAGAGACUAUGAAACCAUAUAUACAAUUUCUGGAAGCAGCUCACCUUCAGAUAUUUUACCAGUGCUAUACCUCUCCUCUGAAUCGCCUCCAAAAUACGAAGAAAAAGCAUCAAUAACAAACAAUGAAUAUUCUCCAUCUUCUUCAUCUAUUUCCUUAGCCACAUCUGACACCAGCUCAUAGAGGACCGUCAGUUAGACUU